ACUACAAUGGCUUCAUCCAGGAUGCCGACACCACCGCCCAUGGACUCGUUGUGUCCUAUGGCCGAAAAUUGGUGCUACACUCAGGUUGUGAAAGUGGUAAAAUUUUCGUACAUAUGGACUAUAAAUAACUUCAGUUUCUGCCGAGAGGAGAUGGGCGAGGUCCUCAAAAGUUCCACAUUCUCUGCCGGGGCCAAUGAUAAAUUAAAAUGGUGUCUAAGGGUGAAUCCAAAAGGCCUCGAUGAAGAAAGUAAAGACUACCUAUCUCUCUAUCUCCUCCUAGUUUCAUGCAACAAAGCGGAAGUAAGGGCAAAGUUUAAAUUCUCGAUUCUCAAUAAUAAGAGGGAGGAGACUAAAGCUAUGGAAAGCCAAAGAGCGUACAGGUUCGUGCAAGGGAAGGAUUGGGGAUUCAAGAAAUUUAUAAGGAGAGAUUUCUUGAUGGAUGAGACGAAUGGCUUGCUACCUGAGGAUAAAUUAACCAUCUUUUGCGAGGUAAGUGUUGUGGGUGAGACGGUGAACGUCACGGGCCAGUCGAGUUUGAUGCCGGUAAAAGUUCCUCACUGUCACAUGAGUGAGGACCUUGGCCUCCUAUUUGAGAGGUCUCAAUUCAGCGACACCACCCUCCACGUUCAGGACAAACAGUUCCCGGUUCACAAAGCCAUACUGGCCGCUCGCUCCGUCGUCUUCAACGCUAUGUUCGAACAUGAAAUGGAGGAGAGGAAACAAAACCGCGUCGAGAUAACAGACGUCGACCAAGAUGUCCUGUACGAAAUGCUGAGGUACAUUUACACUGGCAAGGCUCCUAAUUUAAAUAAAAUGGCCGAUGAACUGCUGGCCGCCGCCGAUAAGUACGCCCUUGACCGGUUAAAAGUGAUGUGUGAGGAGGCCCUGUGCAGCAACCUGAGUGUUGAUAAUGUGUCUGACAUCUUCGUUCUUGCCGACUUGCACAGUGCUGAGCAGUUGAAAACGCAUGCGAUUGAUUUUAUAAAUGGCCACGCAACCGACGUCAUGGAGACGACCGGGUGGAAGGAUAUGGUACUGGCACAUCCGCAUUUAGUGGCUGAGGCAUUUAGGGCCCUAGCCAGCCAGCAGAGCCCGCCCCCUGAAAGACCCAAAAAAAGAGCCAAGAUAGUGUAGAUAGCGUUUAUUUUAAAGUUACUUAUUUUAUUAUGUAAUUGUUUUCUUUUUUUAAAUGUACUUUUUUGUUCAUUUUUGUUUUCUUUGAUUUGAUUU